AUGGUCAACUGCUGGAAUAAACUGAAAAUUAGAGUUGGUCUAAAAAGACCCCCUCUUCCUGAAAACCGUAUCAUACCCGUUGGUCCUGUUUCCCAGUCCACAUUUGUGUCUGAACCUUAUUCCCUAAAGAAACUCUAUGGAAACAAUGAGAUUAGUACAUCCAGAUACACCUGGUACGGAUUUUUCUUCCAAAAUUUGGAGGAACAGGCUCAGCGCAUUGCCAACUUCUAUUUCUUGUGCAUCGCCGUCGUCCAGCUGUUCACUGACUCGCCUGUCUCACCCAUUACGUCAAUUCUCCCACUGGUUUUUGUCAUAUUGCUUACAAUGGUCAAACAAGGUUACGAAGAUUGGCUUCGUCAUCGUGCUGACCGUGAAGUGAACAACGCGCCGGUCCAAGUGGUGAAUAUUAAUGGAGAAUUAACUACGUUGAAGGCAUACGAAAUUAAGGUUGGUGACAUUGUCCUGGUCCGGGCAAAUGAAACCUUCCCCUGCGAUUUACUUUUAAUUAGCUCGAGUGAAGAAAACGGUGAAUGUUUCAUAACGACGGCUAGCCUGGAUGGAGAAACUAAUCUUAAGCGCUUUGUGGCCAUAUCGGCAACAAAAGGAUUGGAUUCGCCUGAAUUGAUAAGCAAAAAUCUCAAGGGGAGAAUAAUUUGUCAACAGCCUAUCGUUGACUUUUACAAGUUUUUCGGCAAAAUUGAGGUGACCAUCAAUGAAUCAAGCAAUGUCAUCACACAACCGGUCAGUCCUGAAUGCCUCCUUCUUCGUGGAGCCCAAUUGCGAAAUACAGACUUUGUGUACGGUUGCGCUGUGUACACAGGAGCAGACACAAAGAUGUCUCUUAAUUCAAAAGGAAAGCAAACGAAGUAUUCGCAAAUUGAACGAAAACUGAAUAGUUUCCUUCUUGUCUUUCUAGGACUUUUGCUUUUUGUGAGUGCAUUUUACACCGUUCUCAAAUAUUUUCUCAAACCCACAACGGCAUGGUAUGUCUAUCUCCCAAACUCGACUACGUGGCAGAUCGUCCAAGACUUUCUCGGCUUCCUCGUUCUCUUCAAUUAUAUUAUUCCAAUUUCCCUUUAUGUAACGAUUGAGUUACAAAAAUUUUUUGGAUCCAUGUUCUUUGGGUGGGAUAUAGAGA